UCUCUUUCUUUUUAGCAUUCUCUGGUAUCUCAUGUCUGACUCUCUCUCUCUCUCUCUCUCUCUUAAGUGAGGAGAGAGUCUCACUCAUAUUCAUUCAUCUAUACUUUUUACGUCCCAUCAAACAAGAGCUCUUCUCUCUCUCUCUCUCUCUCUCUCUCUCUGUAAGUAAGACCAUCUCCUUCUCAUGAACAAAGCAAAACCAAGACAAUCUCUUUCCCGUGAAAAAGAUCUAAGAAGCAGCCCCCCUCCAAAAUCUUUACACUACAAUCAAACACCGAAAAAAGAGUGAGAAACUUCAGAGAGACAGUGUUUGUAUUACACAGAGAGAGAGAGAGAGAGACAGACAGACAGACCCAUCAACAGAAACAGAAAUUGAGGUUUCUAUACUUCGUAGAGAAGAUAAGAUCGUGUUCUUAGCUCUUGAAAACAGCUAAGGAUGCUUUGAUUAACUCGAUCCUACACAUCGCCCAAAUACCCAACACCCAUAAAAGCCAAAAGAACCCAAAAUAACUCUUGUUUAUGGAUUCAACAUCUGGUGGUGCUGGUUCAUCCGACCCGAAUAGCGGAGAGGGUCCAUCGUCGGCAACAGCCCCAGCUGAUCAAAGCUCAUCACCAGCACCACCGAGUCGGUACGAGUCACAAAAGCGUCGAGACUGGAACACUUUCUUACAGUACCUAAGGAACCACAAGCCCCCUUUAACUCUAGCAAGGUGCAGUGGCGCCCACGUGAUCGAGUUCUUGAAGUACUUGGACCAGUUCGGAAAAACCAAGGUCCACAACACCGGGUGCCCAUAUUUCGGCCACCCGAACCCACCUGCCCCAUGUGCUUGCCCACUUAAACAAGCGUGGGGUAGCCUCGACGCGCUCAUCGGACGGCUCAGAGCCGCGUAUGAAGAGAACGGUGGACGGCCAGAAUCGAAUCCUUUUGGAGCUCGAGCUGUGAGGAUUUAUUUGAGGGAAGUCAGAGAAGGCCAAGCAAAAGCUAGAGGGAUUCCUUAUGAGAAGAAGAAACGAAAACGCCCAACUGCUGUAACGGCCACAACUGUCGUAGCGACUCAAGGAGGCGAUGCUGGUGGUAGUGGUAGUGGUAGUGGUGGUGCUGCUGGUGGUGGUGGUGGUGGUGAUGGUGAUGGAAGUGGCAGUGUUGCAGCUGGGAGUGCUAGUGUUGCUCAAACAACAACACCUACUACUACGAGUACCACCGUAUAGUUUUACUAAUUUCUUCUUCUUCUUAUUCUUCUCUACUUUUUUUUAACCUUAUUUUUUGUUCGAUUUUCAUUUCUGUUUAAGCUUUCGAUUGUGAUUAUUAUGAGCUAUAUAUAUAUCUUUAUAUAUAUCUGGCGAUUCUCUUAUAAAUCGGAUCGACCGCAUGAACAACACUCGAUUUCAGGUAGCUAGUAUAAAGACUUAUUCCUUUC